GUUCUUGUAAUUGACAACUUGAAUCGAUGGACGAGGUGGUUCUGUUGGAUACAUGGGGCAGCCCGUUUGGGAUGAGGGCUUGGAUUGCAUUGGAAGAAAAGGGUGUUAAGUAUGAACGGAAGGAAGAGGAUCUGAGCAACAAGAGCCCUUUGCUUCUGCAGACGAACCCUAUUCACAAGAAAGUUCCAGUUCUCAUUCAUAAUGGAAAACCCAUUUGUGAAUCUGCAAUAAUAGUGCAGUACAUCGAUGAGGUCUGGAAUCAGAACCCUCCACUCAUCCCUUCUGAUCCUUAUGAGAGAGCUCAAGCCAGAUUCUGGGUCGAUUACAUUGAUGCAAAGGUGUAUCCUACUUGGGAGAAAAUGUGGCUUUCUAAAGGAGAAGAACAUGAGGCAGGAAAAAGAGAGUUGAUUUCUAUCUUUAAGCAGCUGGAAGAGACAUUGGGUGACAAACCUUUUUAUGGAAAUGAGAGGUUUGGCUUUGUUGAUAUUGUUCUAAUCCCUUUCUACAGUUGGUUUUAUACUUUUGAGACAUAUGGGAACUUUCAAAUGGAAGCACAAUGUCCUAAACUUGUGGCUUGGGCUAAAAGAUGCAUGCAGAGAAACACUGUCUCCACCAUUCUUCCUAAUCAGAAGCAACUUUACAUUGCAGUUGUGGAAAUGGAGAAGAAUUUACAAACUUAAUGUGUACCUUUAUGGUAUUAUUGUAUGCUUUGUUUUGAGUUUCUUUAGCUUGUUUUUGGGUGUUUUACAUAAGAAUGAUUAAGUUGAGAGAUUUAUAGAGGGAUUAAGGUGAGGCAUAUAUGAAUAUGCUGUU